GCUUAGGUGCCUGGAUGACAAUAUCUAUAGCAUUUAGAUGGUUGAUUUUGGCCCCAGAGCUGAUUUAAGAGUUAUCAAGACCAAGAAUAGCUUUCUUUCCCAAUUAUGACAUCACGUUAUUUUGAAGGUGCAAAACAUGCACUGGAUUAUGCUAAAUUCCGACCUACGCCCUGUCCAGCUCUUAUUUCAUCUAUUAUUAAUUUCCUGAAUACUAAGCUGCCAAGUGAGAAGCAUGACUGCUGCAUUGACGUUGGCUGUGGGUCUGGUCAGAGCACCCAUUGUCUGGCCCCGCACUGCUUUCUGCCAAGUGAGAAGCAUGACUGCUGUAUUGACGUUGGCUGUGGGUCCGGUCAGAGCACCCAUUGUCUGGCCCCGCACUUCAAAAGAGUUGUGGGCGUUGAUGUGUCGCCUGCUCAGAUUCAAAUAGCUCAAGAUGCGCAGAAGCCCAGCAAUGUUACUUAUCAAGUUUGUGAGGCUGAGAAAUUGCCAGUUGAGGCAGGCUCGGUGCAGCUCGUGAACUCCUGCCAGGCCUGCCACUGGUUCAACCUUCCUGCCUUCUUUGCUGAGGCUGAUCGGGUCUUGGUGCCUGGAGGCGUAGUGGCGCUGCACGGCUACAAACUGCCCGAGUUUGUCAACCAUCCUGACAAGGACAAGGCGCAGAGUAUCCUCAUGCAGUUCUAUGAGGGGGAGUUGGCCGGCUGCUGGGCAAAAGAGAGAUUCGAAGUCGACGAAGGCUACACCGACGACCGCUUCCGCAUCCCAUACCCCGACUUCUUCAG